CUGUCCCGAUGCUUGCAUCAAUUAAUUUAUCAGAGUAAACGACAGAUUCAGUGGAGCGCGCGUUUUUAGCACCGAGCCAACAAGGUAAAUAAUUUUAGAACAGAUAUCUCGCCGCUAUUGCUAAGAUGUGAGAAUUCUUCGAUAGUGCGCUGGUGGCAUUUAUAUGUUUCCGCGUUAUAAUGUGUCUAAGACAUAAACUGUGUUCUGUGUUUAUAUUAACAAAAACUGUAAAUUAAACUUACUUCACUAAUCUUUAAAUAAAGUGAUAUUCAUAUUUUCUCCAGUAUAAACAACUAUUUAACAUAAACAAGUGAUUUUAAACAAUGCCUAUCUUAUUCAGUGCUGUGGCUCUGGAAAAUGUGGUUUUAUCCAGAUUUGCGUGUUGUGAGGGAAAUUUCACAGAAAUUGCGAAUGAGGUGUUAUCAAAGGUUUCGCUACAAAACGGAAAAUGUACAUAUUUUCAUGGACCUUACUUGUUCAACUACAUUGCUGAAAAUGGAAAUUUAUAUUUCUGCAUCACAGACAAAACAUGCCAACGUUCAAAGGCGUUUCUCUUCCUGAACCAAAUCAAAAGGCGAUUCAAGUCUGAAGGCCGAGCCGACAUGCAAAUGCUGGCAGACGAGAUGUACCGCUACAGCGAGGACCAUAGCACCAUCGUCAUCCGUAAAGGAGAACUCGAUGAACUAAAUACAAUUGGUGUUCGGAGCAGUGAAGAAAUACUAGGAGAAAAGUUGCUGUUAGUAGAAGACAUCAAAAACUUAAACUACGGCAAAAUUACAUACUUGGAUAAAACCCCAGAGCAAGCAAUGAUCUCUAACAGCAUCGAAGUCGCAGGCGAGAAACCAACAUUCAACACUAUGACUGAUCCUAGAAUUUGUAUUACUGGCAGCGAAAUAAUAGACUCCUAUGAUAAAAUUAAGCUCAACAUGCGGCUAAUAAUAGCAAUAAUUAUAUUAGGCCUAGCGGUUUACAUUUGCGACUUUAAGCCCAUCAGGCAUAUUCUCGUUUUAGGACUGUUUGUGAUAUUUGUUAUGUUUAGAUGGAGUUAAUUCAAGAAAAUAA